GGAUUCAUCUGGAGGGUCCCUUCAUCAGCAAAGAGAAGAAGGGGGCUCACCCAGAAAAUUGCCUCCGUACUUUUGAGUCGGGAGCCUUUCAGGAUUUGCUGGCCAUGUAUGGGAGCCUGGAUUGCGUCCGGAUUGUCACUUUAGCCCCUGAGAUAAAACGCAGUGGUGAAGUGAUCCAGGAGCUGACCAAGAGAGGCAUCUGCGUAUCACUGGGUCACUCUGUGGCUAAUUUAUCUCAGGCUGAGAUGGCUGUUGGUCAGGGAGCUACCUUCAUUACUCACCUCUUCAAUGCCAUGUUACCUUUUCACCAUCGAGACCCCGGGAUUGUGGGACUUCUCACAAGCGACAAGAUUCCUCCCGGCCAGCAAGUAUUUUACGGCAUGAUCUCAGAUGGGAUCCAUACGAAUCCUGCUGCUCUGAGAAUCGCACACCGGGCCCAUCCUCAAGGUCU